AACGCGCCGGCAAAAUAAUUAGAAAUAUUUUUUGAAACAGUAGCAUUAUAAUCUUUUAUUAUUUAUUAAAAAUACAAAAAAAAAUCAUAAUGGUUGAGCCAAAGACGAGUAAUUCGACUACAACAGUAAAAAAAAAUUCUGAGCCUGGAAUAGCUCCUUCAAGAAUAAGAACCAUAAUGAAGUCCACAGACGACACAGAGAAAAUCAGCACAGAAGGAUUACACUUAAUGACAAAAGCAACAGAAAUGUUUAUACAAUAUUUAGCCAAAAAUUCUAUUAAAACCAACACAACUCUUAAAUAUGAGCAUUUAUCACAACUGGUCAAUGAACAAGAAAAUUUAGAAUUUUUAUUGCAAAUUAUUCCACAAAAAAUUACUGUAAAAGAAUUUAAUGAAAUUGUUAAUAGAAACGACAAAGAUAGUGAAGAAUCCUCUUCCGAAUCAUCAUCAGAAGAAGAAGAAAAUCAAGCUAAAAAAGCAGUUAAAAAAUAGUAUUAAUAAUUCGUCUAGGAUUUAAUAAAAUAUUUAAUACUUUCUUAUAACGAACUUCUUUUCGAUAAUGCAAUUAUAUUACAAUAGUUACCAUGAGAAAAUUGAUAGUACCAUAUACAUACCUACUUAUUUGUAGACAAAGGUCAUUC